UAGUUUUAUACUUUGGUCCCGCUCUCUCUGACAAAGCCCGUUUCUAGUCCUAGGGUUUAGUCUCAGGGCUUCCCUCCAAACGCAUCGAGCUACGGUUUUUUGCGACUCACUCUCCCUCACCGUUUCUUCGCAACCUAAAGGAUUGGGAUUUGGGAUCUGAAAAGAUGGGAAAAAAGAGUAAAUCAAAAGCUCCCAGAGAGGUGAAAGAUGAUACAGUUGUAGAAGAGGAAAAGCCGCCAUCUUCGGUGAAAAAGCCUACUUCUGAGGUUGAUGAAACAUCUGCAAAAAAGAGGAAGAAACCCGAAACUGAGAAGGGCGAGAAGUCUCCGUCUUCCGCGAAGAAGCCCGCUUCUGAGAUUGAUGAUAUAUUUGCAGCGAAAAAGAAGAAAAUCGGGACUGGAAAGGCUACAAAACCAAAAGAAAACGCGACUGAAAAACCCCACAAGCUCAAGACAAAGAAGAUGGAUAAAGGGAUUAGAGAUGGCGGAUUUGGGGACCUGUCUUCUCAGACGAAAAAGAGAACACAGGAUGGUCUUGCUGUUUAUACAGAAGAUGAGUUGGGAAUUAACAAUGCAGAUGCCGGAAACACCCCGCUCUGUCCGUUUGAUUGUUCUUGUUGCUUUUGAGAUGCCUGCAAAAUCCUAGAGACUUUCUAGUCUUAAAGAUUUUCUUUUUCAAUUUGAGUAUGGCGAGUGUGGUUUUCGGCAUUUGUUGUAAUGUACACCAGAACCUGAUUAAAUGAAUCAUGAUCGUGUUCUGUUAGCCUCAUCUUAUAAAUUUGUAUCCUUCUACAACGAGUUUCUCAGUUUUAAUGCCAAUGAAAUGAAAGAGGAUGUUUUGCUGCAGCUGCACUUCCCUUUUGUCUGCAGCAGACUCGA